CACAGGGCCGCGAGAAGGCCCAAGCAAACGGCAGGCCCAUUCGCAUGGGCCGAUGAUACGAUGCCGACUCUGGUUUUUGGGAAAACCACGAAUCUUCCUCCUCCUCCUCUUCGUCCGACUACUACAAUAGCACAUUCGAGGGAGAUGGGGAAAGGCCACCACUGGCUUGCUCGCAUUCCAUCCCUCGCGUCUGCUGCCCCCGCCCCUGCCCCUGCCCCUGGCCGCUGCCCUGAAGGCCACGCUCCCCCUCCCCUCCGCGCUGCCCGUCCUUGGACGCUCCCCUUCGCUCUUCUCGAUUCCAGCGCUCCCCCCUCCUCCCUCCCUCCCUCGCUUCGUAACCCUGUUGAUUCGACCUCGGCCUCCGCUCUCGAUUCAGCGGACCCCGACCUCUCUUCUUCUUUGGAGUUUCUGACAGAGCGAGAGAGCGAGGGAGCGAGAGGAGGGUCGAGGAAUCUGUUCGCGUCUGCCUCGUCGUCGUUGCCGGGAGUGUAGAGAAAGCAGAGGAGGACGAGGAGUCGCAGCGUCGUCGUUGUCCUCCGCGAAUUGGAGGAGGGGAGGGGAGGGGAGGGGAAGAGAGGGGAGGGGAGGAAUUCGCGAGAGGACGACGGAUUGUUGUUGUUGUGAGGAGGUCGUGGUUGCAGGGGAGGAGAGGGUUGGAGGAGAAUUUGAUGUGAGGAGGUGAGUGGAAGCGAUGUCGUGGUUUGCGAGAUCGUUUUCCUUGAAUGAGAGGACAACGAGGAGCAAGGAAGAGCGGGCGACGGAGGUAGACGAUGAUGGAGAUGAUGAAGAGGAGGAGGAGGAGGAAGACGAAUCAGCAGGGUUGGAUUUAGCGUCCAUUGCAUCGGCCACGGGGAAAGGUGUGAAGGAGGAUUUGUCACAGCUAACGAAGUCCUUCACGCGACAGCUUUGGGGAGUGGCUUCGUUUCUGGCACCUCCCCCGCCUGACCGAUCAUCGUCGUCAUCAUCAUCGCCCUCGGCGGAAGCUGCUUCACAGGAACAUUUGCUGCGGAGCUCGUCCAAGGAUGACACCACCACCAGUAGCAGUGGAGGAGAAGGAGUUGGGGUUAAGGAUAGCCAAGGAAGGCUUGUUCAAUCUGAGGCCGAUUCGACCGCAGGGGGAAGGGCCACAGGCAUCGCAUUGCCCGGCGAAAGCGAUUUGCGAGCAACGUCUUCUUCUCCUCGGAAACUCUUGGAUGAGGGUUCUGCACCUACCACUCCCAGGGGUGGACCGAGACUGACGGGUCUUCGCAGCGACUUUGCGGAAUUGAGAGGAACUGUGGCGACAGGGUUCUCCCGCAUUUCUUCCUCUGUCAUUCGCGUCGUUGCGGGUGAUGAUAGUGGAGACGACGAGGAGGAUGAGCGUUUCUUAACUCGUUCUAAGUCGGACAAUGUUCAAACGCCCCGCUUCUCUUCAGAAGUUGUUGUUGAUCAGACGUCGAAAUCAUCAACUCGUGGUUUUGAUUCGUUCCUGAAACCUUUGUUAGGUAAUAUGCUUGUGAGAGAUGGGAGUUAUGAGGGAGAUGGCACUUCUGACGAUGAAGACGAGGGGUUGAACACAAGGAAAGUCAAGCAAGAUGUGAACCUGAAAUCAAGGGGAACUGAUUCUUUGCCCUCGGCCUUUGCUAGCGGGAUCGAUGGAAUUUCAAAGUUUCUACUACAAAUAGUUCAGGAUGAGGACUACGACGAGAAGGAAGAUGAAUCCGAUGAGCGUUUGGAUGCAGUUGGUUUGACCGAAGCUGUGGUAACAUUCGCCAGGAACAUCGCAAUGCAUCCAGAAACAUGGUUGGAUUUUCCACUACCGGAGGAUGAGAAUGACGAUGAUUUUGUUAUGAACAAUAUCCAGAAAGAACAUUCUCAUGCCUUGGAGGUCGCUGCUCCUGGUCUGAAAGCUUUGAGAAUUGAGCUUUGUCCUAACUAUAUGUCCGAAGGGCGCUUUUGGUUGAACUACUUUGUGCUCUUGCACUCCAGGCUGAGUCCUGAAGAAGCACAUUUACUCUCUACAUCGCAGGUGUUGAGCGCCCGAGCAUCACUGCUUCGAGAACUAGAAAAGAGGGGUGCCCAAAGUGGCGAUCUGGACGGGAGCAAAGAUCAUGACCGAGCUCGAAAUUUAUUGCAGGGAGAGAUUGACCUCGACACACGCGAAGCCCAGGUUUCGGAUGUUAAGAAAGAGGAAGUCGGAAAACUUUCCGUUGAGCCCAUCAAGCAGCCCGUGGUACCGGAGAAGGUUCUGCCUGAGGCACCAGUUUCUGUGCCUUCAUCUUUGCAAGAGGAGAGAUCCGUUAUAAAAAACCGGAGUGAAUCAGAUGUCGUAAUCAGGCCUGCGAUAGCAGCUGAAGACAAGACAGUAGCAGCGGAGAGCAACACAAAACCAGGCGUUAAAAGAUUUCCGGCUCUGAUCCUGGAGGAUGAUGAGGCGGAGGUGGACGAGUGGCUCGAUGACGAGCCAUCUACCAAGCAGCAUGUGGUGGCUGGUGGUCAGAGUCAAUCGGAUUUGGGCAACAUGGACGAGGAUGUAUCAUUUAGCGAUUUCGAAGAUGAUGACCCCUCACAGAAGGUUGCUGGCGUAACUGAGUUAAGCACAUCUCUUAACCGCGAAGUCGUUAACAGCACAACCACUCUCGAGGCCAAAAGAAUUGUCAUUUCCUCAGUAAAAGAAGAGAAAGGAGAUGGAUCACAAGCAAAGAGCUCAGACAGAGGAGACUCAGACGAUUGGCUGACGGUUGAUCAGGAGGAUGUUGUCUCAACAUCUUCGUCUCCAUGAACUCCCAAGAUUGACCCUCCAUUAUUUAAGAAAUAAUGGCUGACCUUCCGAGGGCAGCCAAGUAUUCGUUUCUCGCUAACACCUUGCCAGCAUGUACUUUGUAUAAGCUAUGCACAAAGCUGGGAGGUAAAAAUAGGCAGUCAUUGUAAAUACAGUGGGGUUCUGAUUCCCCGCGACCUCAAGUACAGGCCUUCCGAUGACAUAGAUAUGCUGGCUGAGCUUGGAGAUAGUGUAAUUAAAGUUGGAUCGCAUGUACCUCAACAUUCAUAGCGGAUGGUAAGUACGCAGGUGGAUAUCGUACAUGUUUUGUAAUAAUAUUUAGAUUUGAGCUGACCCUUGCGUUAAAACAGAGAUCGAGUGUUUAGCUCAAGGCCGAUCUCUUAGCACCUUACAGACAAGCCUUAUCCAUCGAGAUGAGCGUUUGGCUUGACUCACCGUUUCCCUGCCUUGGAGGUUGCAAGUCGAUCAUAGCUGCUGCUCCCUCUGUUUGGUAUCAAUUGAUUGAAAACGAGAGAACUUUUCAAAUCGAAGUGUGCUUUUUCUGG